AUAGAUACUAUUAUUUGAAAGUUGACGUGCUUGACACCUAACCUCAAUCAACUAUAAUUUACUGUUUCUAAUUUUAUAGCAAUAAUAAUAAUAAUUUUUCUUGUUUUAUUGCAAACUUUCAAGUCAACUCCAACCUUUUGCAUAAAAAAAUUCAGAAUAUAAUAUAAAAUAGAAACUAAUUUUAAGAAUAUAAAAUGUCUACUCCUGUGAUAAAGUAUGUAGGACGUACGACAAAUUUUAAAGGCAAAACGCUAUGGGAAAUAGUUGGGAGCCUGAAAAAUUUAGGAGUGGGAAGAGUUAUCGUCAGAUCAGUGUUUGAGCGGUAUCCUGAGCCCAGUUUUAUGAAGAUAGUGAAAGUUGAAACUUGUCCGGAUGAGGAACCACGUAAAGUGAGGGUGUGGGUUGAAAAAACGUUUAGAGGCAGAAAAUUACCAAAUUUGACAGAAAUUUAUAGUACAUCAUAUAAAGCAGAUUACAAAUUAAUACCAAAAAAUGAAGAAGAAGCAUUGUUUGCAUCUGUUAAUGAAGCUCAUAAACAACCAGAAGUAAUCCUGCCAAAUAUAAUAGAGAUGCCACCUUUGAUGAAGAAAUUUAUUGUUAAUGAUCAUGAGAAAAAAGGAUUAGAGCCAAUGAAGGAGUUUGUAAUGCAAUUAACCUAUAACCACAGUCCAAAUAGAGUACAGAGGAUUGCGAAGCCUGGAGAAAAACCAACAGUGGACUUCACGAUGGGACUUGGAAAACCAGCUAGUCCAUCAUUGUAUGAGGGAGUACCGCUUAAUUAAAAGAAAAUGAAAUUAUUUAUUAUAUAGCUAUGUAAUUAUUAGAAUACUGUAGGAAGGGAAAAAUACGAUAAUAAAAUAAUUAAAAACUAAUUAAA